GGCCCCCCGGUGCAAGGAAGUACGUGCUUAUGUUUAAACAUUUUUCCAUACAAGUACAUACAACUGUUACACUAGGUUGUACUCAAAGCUAUCAUUGCACCCCAUAUCUAUCUGUAGAACAUCUUCGUCAAAAUGGGCGGCAGCAAGAAGGGCGGCAAGAGUAAGAGUGGCAAGGUCGUCAAGACCAAAGGUGAAAGACGUGCUGGGAAAAAGAAGACAAUCGGACCCCGCGCAAAGGGACAUGCUGUAAAAAAGGCUAAGCCUGGUGAUGCUAAAGCACAAGCUACUCGACAUGGGCGACGAAAUAAGCAUCAAAAACGAAGCACUAAAGGUGUGAAGACUGUGCCGAAAUUGUCCAAGAAGAAAGUUGAGCGGCUGAACCAUGCACCUAGUAAAAAGGAGUUGAAAGACGACUUUUUGACUAACGAAGCGGGGGAAAUCAUCGAAAAGCCACCGAGCAAGAAACCAGCGCAGUCGAAGAAGAAACCAGCUCAAAAUGAUGGCUCGUCUUCAUCGAACAACAAUAUCUUCAAUGUCCCAUCUACACCCUGUACCAGCACCUCUGGCAAAACGAUCGUACGUAAAAUCGUACCGAAGUCUUUGAAGGGACCGGUGGCUCUACCUGGCUCAUUUUUUCUUCCGCCAAAUAUGGGUGGCGGAAAACAUAUUCCGAUGACUGGACCACGAGGGUCAACUUCUGGUCAGCAAGAUGACAAUGGAAGUGAAUCCGACGAUGACGAUCUAGGUGAGGAUGGAGGAAACGAAAGCGCGAAUCGACAAAGUAUCAUGAUGAAGUCGUCAGAAGUUGAUUUUGAAUUUGUUGAUGAGGAGAUAGAUGAUGGAGCAGAGGGAGCUCGUCCGGAAUCCAGUGGUGCACGCAAAGGCAAAGAUGGGAACGCGAAAACACAAUCCGCUGCAGUAGAUGAGGAGCAGGAAGAACAGGAAGAAGAUGCUAAUAUCUCAGAAGUAGAGGAAGAACAAGAGGAGGAAGAGGAUGAAGAGGAAAUAAAUGCGUCAGGUUCUGAGGAUGAUGAAGAUGUCUUGGAACAGGACGAAUCGGAGAAAAAUGCGUCAGGUUCUGAGGAUGAUGAAGAUGUCUUCGAACAGAAUCCUGUUCCCCUUACUACAACUGUCGAAGAAAACAACGGCAAGAAGCUUUCUGGUAAACAGCUCCGAGAAGCGAUCAAGGCGAGACGGGCUGCAGCUGCCAUGUCUGAAACAACCAUCUCGGCGGACGCAGAGAAGAAGGUUACAGACACAACAGCAGCGACAUCAUCGUCCGCGGAGGUGCCAUCUUCCGAAGCUGCAAAUAAAGAAGCUUCAACCUCCAACAAGAGACCAAAUCGACAUCAAAGGCGGAAGGCAAAGCAAGCACGCAUCGCUGCAUCAAGAGAUGAGGAUCAGCAGGAGAACGAGAUGAAUGAGGAUGCUGAAGUACAGAAGGAUGGUGAACAAGCUGGUGAAACAGGAGAAGCAUCUGCAACAUCUCUUAAAAAACUAAAGAGGCCUUCUAAGGACAUGCCAACAACUGCCAAGGUAGCCUUUGGAGUGCAAGCAGAGAUGCCACCGAGACUGGACUUCAAACUCUCAAAAGCGAUGGAUAGGAUGAAGCAGAAGGCUCAGGGAAAAGUGAUUUCUUCCACUGGAGAAUGUAUCGGGGAUCUUCAGGAUAGGAAGAAGAAAAACAAGAAAAAGAACCCAGCUGGUCGUGGUAAUAAGGGACUUUCUGACGCCACAAUUAUAGAUGAGAAUGGGGAGCAGGAGGAUCAGGCUCAGGGCGCAAAGAAGCCUGCUAAGAGGAAAGAGAAAAUGUUGUUGCAGUCAUUGGUCUAAAUAAGCGAGCACUACAUGCCUGGAAUAUGCUCCAACUCAAACUUCAGUCCUUCCCCUUUACGAGAUUUGCAUAUAGCCCUACCAAAACCAAAAUCAAGAUAACACGUACC